CGUGUGCAGAGGUGGUAGACUGAAAGACUGGAACGCUAAAUGUUGUUUUUCACAUGUAGACGUUUUAAAACGCUUCGACUGCAGAAGACAAUAAAUAAAAGCAGCAUAAGAGAAGAACUGGACUUUAUCUGACGUCAACCCGAGAUAGCACAGCGCAGCAGCGGCAGCAGAAUGGGUUACUUAAAACUAAUCGAGAUCGAAAAUUUCAAAUCGUACAAAGGUCGACAAAUAAUAGGACCUUUCCACAAAUUCACAGCGAUAAUUGGACCAAAUGGAUCAGGGAAGUCAAACUUGAUGGAUGCCAUCAGCUUUGUUUUGGCAGAGAAGACGAGUAAUCUCCGUGUUAAAACCCUGAAGGACCUGAUCCACGGAGCUCCAGUGGGGAAACCCGCAGCUAACCGUGCGUUUGUGAGCAUGGUGUACUGUGAGGACAGCGACAAUGAACGCACAUUCACACGGGUCAUAAUAGGUUCCUCUUCAGAAUACAGGCUUGACAGCAAGGUGGUUGGACUCUCUGACUACAGUGAGGAACUGGAGAAACUGGGCAUCCUCAUCAAGGCCAGGAACUUUCUAGUGUUUCAGGGUGCUGUUGAGUCCAUAGCCAUGAAGAACCCGAAGGAGAGGACAGCUCUUUUUGAGGAGAUUUCCCGCUCGGGGGAACUAGCUCAGGAAUAUGACCGCAGGAAGAAAGAGAUGGUAAAGGCAGAGGAGGACACACAGUUCAACUAUCAUCGGAAGAAGAACAUCGCAGCUGAGCGCAAGGAGGCCAAGCAGGAGAAAGAGGAGGCUGAGCGGUACCAGCGGCUAAAGGACGAGGUGGUUAGGGCUCAUGUGCAGUUGCAGCUCUUCAAGCUCUACCACAAUGAAGCGGAGAUUGAGAAGCUGAAUCGAGAGCUGUCGCAGCGCAACCGUGAGAUCGAGAAAGACAGAAAGAAGAUGGACCACAUCGAAGAUGAACUGAAGGAGAAGAAGAAAGAGCUGGGGAGGAUGAUGAGGGACCAGCAGAACGUGGAGAAAGAGAUAAAAGAGAAAGAUGCAGAGCUGAACCAGAAACGGCCACUGUACAUCAAAGCCAAGGAGAACACCUCCCACAAGAUUAAGAAGCUGGAAGCGGCCCGCAAGUCUUUGCAGAAUGCUCAGAAGAUGUAUAAGAAGCGUAAGGCAGACAUGGAGGAGCUGGACCGAGAGCAGGGGGCUGUGGAGAUGGCCAGGCAGGAGUUUGAGGAGCGCAUGGAGGAGGAGGCUCAGAGUCAGGGCCAGGACCUCACCCUGGAGGAAAACCAGGUGAAGCAGUACCACAGGCUGAAGGAGGAGGCCAGUAAGCGGGCAGCCACGCUGGCACAGGAGCUGGAGAAGUUCAACCGCGAUCAGAAGGCUGACCAGGACAGACUGGACCUGGAGGAGAGGAAGAAAGUGGAGACAGAGGCUAAAAUAAAGCAGAAAAUAAGAGAGAUAGAGGAAAACCAGAAACGCAUUGAGAAGCUGGAAGAUUACAUUGCGACUAGCAGGCAGUCUCUGGAUGAACAGAGGAGAAUGGAGGAGGAGUUGACUGAGGAAGUAGAGCUCGCCAAACGGAGGAUCGAUGAGAUAAAUAUGGAAUUAAACCAGGUGAUGGAGCAGCUUGGAGAUGCCAGAAUUGACCGUCAGGAGAACAGUCGUCAGCAGCGCAAAGCUGAGAUCAUGGAGAGCAUUAAGAGACUCUACCCUGGCUCAGUGUAUGGCAGGCUGAUUGACCUGUGCCAGCCCACACAGAAGAAGUAUCAGAUUGCUGUGACAAAGGUGCUGGGAAAGAACAUGGAUGCCAUCAUUGUGGACUCAGAGAAGACAGGCAGAGACUGCAUCCAGUACAUCAAAGAGCAGAGAGGAGAACCAGAGACCUUCCUGCCCCUGGACUACCUGGAAGUCAAGCCCACAGAUGAGAAGUUGAGGGAGCUGCGAGAAGCCAAGCUGGUGAUUGACGUGAUCCGCUAUGAGCCACCCCACAUAAAGAAAGCACUACAGUAUGCCUGUGGAAAUGCUCUCGUGUGUGAGAAUGUGGAGGACGCUCGCAGGAUUGCUUUUGGAGGACCUUACCGACAUAAGACGGUGGCCUUGGAUGGCACUCUUUUUCAAAAGUCUGGAGUGAUCUCUGGAGGAGCCAGUGAUCUGAAAGCGAAGGCCCGACGCUGGGAUGAGAAAGCUGUGGACAAACUCAAAGAUAAGAAAGAGAAACUAACAGAGGAACUGAAGGAGCAGAUGAAGGCGAAGAGGAAGGAGGCAGAGCUGAGGCAGGUCCAGUCUCAGGCCCACGGGCUGCAGAUGAGACUGAAGUACUCUCAGAGUGACCUGGAACAGACCAAGACUCGCCACCUGUCCCUCAACAUGCAGGAGAAAUCAAAGUUGGAGAGUGAACUGGCAAAUUUUGGUCCGCGCAUCAACGACAUCAGGAGAAUCAUCCAGUCACGUGAGAGAGACAUCACUGAGCUGAGAGACCGCAUGAACCUGGUGGAGGAUGAAGUAUUUCUUGAAUUUUGUGAAGAGAUUGGGGUGAGAAACAUUCGAGAGUUUGAAGAGGAGAAAGUCAAGAGACAGAAUGAGAUUGCCAAAAAACGACUUGAAUUUGAGACCCAGAAGACCCGUCUAGCCAUCCAGCUGGACUAUGAGCGGAACCAGCUGAAGGAAGACCAGGAGAAAGUGAUGAUGUGGGAGCAGACAGUGAAGAAAGAUGAGAGUGAGAUUGAAAGACUUAAGAAGGAGGAGCACAGACACAUGAAGAUCAUUGAUGAGACCAUGGCUCAACUGCAGGACCUCAAAAAUCAGCACCUCACUAAAAAGGGAGAGGUCAAUGACAAGAACCGAGAGAUGGAGGAGAUCCGCAAGAAACUAGGAGCUGCUAACAAAGAGCUGACUCAGCUACAGAAAGAGGUGACAGCGAUUGAGACAAAGCUGGAGCAGAAACGCAGUGACAGACACAACCUUCUACAGGCCUGCAAGAUGCAGGACAUCAAACUGCCCCUCAAAUCUGGAACCAUGGAUGACAUCAGUCAGGGAGAGGGAGGCUCCCAGGUUGAUGAGUCCAGCAGCCAGAAAACAUCCAGCUCUGUGCAUGCCAAGGAAGCUCUCAUAGAAAUAGAUUACAGCAACUUGAAUGAGGACCUCAAGGACACUCUCUCUGAGGAGGAGAUUAAGGCUGAGAUGAACACUUUGCAGCAGAGGCUGAAUGAGCAGCAGAGCAUUCUCCAGCGCAUCAGCGCUCCCAACAUGAAGGCCAUGGAGAAACUGGAGAGCGUCAGGGACAAGUUCCAGGAGACCAGUGACGAAUUUGAAGCAGCACGAAAGAGAGCUAAGAAGGCUAAGCAGGCGUUUGAGCAGAUCAAGAAGGAGAGGUUUGACCGUUUCAACACUUGCUUUGAGUCCGUCGCCACCAAUAUUGAUGAGAUCUACAAAGCCCUCUCGCGUAACAGCAGUGCACAGGCCUUUCUUGGCCCAGAGAACCCAGAGGAACCAUACUUAGAUGGAAUCAAUUACAAUUGUGUGGCUCCAGGAAAGAGAUUCAGGCCAAUGGAUAAUCUGUCUGGAGGGGAGAAGACAGUCGCUGCUUUGGCUCUGCUUUUUGCCAUUCACAGCUACAAACCGGCUCCGUUCUUCGUCCUUGAUGAGAUUGAUGCUGCACUUGAUAACACAAACAUUGGCAAGGUGGCCAAUUACAUAAAGGACCAGUCAGUCCAGAACUUCCAGGCCAUUGUCAUCUCCCUAAAAGAGGAGUUCUAUACAAAGGCUGACUCACUCAUAGGAGUCUACCCUGAGCAAGGAGACUGCGUCAUCAGCAAAGUGCUGACCUUUGACCUCUCCCAGUAUCCUGACGCCAAUCCAAAUCCCAACGAUUAGAGCAGCUGGAUUUGUAAGUAUAGAAAAACAGUGUUCAAAAGGACCCUUAGCAAACCAACUCUACGGACGUUAAUGCAUACAUUGUGCUGUCAUUGACAUGCUGUGAUGCUCAGUUCAGUAGACAGCUGUUCAGUGUUGUGUGCAUGAUUUUACAGAAACUAUGCGAAUCACGCAUCUAUAAGUUAUUAAAUGUUUUUAAAAACUGUGAAUGCUGAAAUGAAACUGUUACCACACUCAUGCCUUAGCUAAAUAAUGUUUAUUCUGUGUUCUGGGGAGACAAGCCUAGUACUAAGAGAUUUCUGUCAGAUGUGUCAUGUUACAUUAGGCAAAAUAUAGCUAGAACUCUAAACAAAGCACAUACUGCAUAGGCCAUUGCGAGU